AUGCCACACAUCGAUGAGGCUAUCAUGCCCGAGGCCAAGGAGCUUUGGCGGCCUUCAUCCCCUGAAAAGACACAGAUUUAUGACUUCAUGACCAAGGUAAACAAGAAGCACGGUUUAUCCCUUAACGAUUACAAUGUUCUCUGGAAAUGGAGUGUCUCAGAGCCAGCCCAGUUCUGGGAGGAAAUCUGGCACUACACGCACAUUAAGGUCCAUGAGCCAUACAAGACGGUCCUCGAGUCUAAGGGGGUGAUGUUCCCUCGUCCUGCAUUCUUUGAGGGGAGCACUCUCAAUUUCGCCGAGAAUCUCCUUUACCCAUUCAAUGCGCCGAAUGAGGAUUCUAUCGCCAUUAUUGGCGCCACAGAGGCAGACCGCGAGUUUAUCUCGUGGAAGGAACUUCGUGAGCGUGUUCGUCAAUGCGCCAAUGCCUUGAAAGAGGCGGGCUUGAAGACGGGUGAUCGCGUGGCAGGCUUCGUCGGCAACCAUGCAAACACUGUCGUCGCGAUGCUGGCCUCGGCAUCAAUCGGCGCUUUCUGGACAGGUGUCUCUCCCGAUACGGGCGUUCACGCCGUGCUCGAGCGCCUAAAGCAGAUUGAGCCUAAGAUCCUCUUUGCAGACAAUGCCUCGCUUUACAAUGGCAAGGUGCAUGGGUCGUUUGCCAAGGUCCGCGAGAUCGUUUCUGAGUUGCCCGAUCUCGAGCUCCUGGUAGUGUUCGAGACUGCCAAGUCCAUAGACUUCAAUCUCGAGGGUGUCCGUCCAGCAAAUGGAAAGGUCCUGACAUUGGGAGAGUUCCAACUCGCCGUCCGUGACCAGAAUGCCCCUCUCGAAUUUGCAAGCCUGAAGCCCGAGCAUCCUGUCUACAUCCUCUAUUCCUCUGGAACCACAGGUGCACCCAAGCCCAUUGUACACGGCUCAUUGGGCACACUGCUUCAGCACAAGAAGGAGCAUCUCCUUCACUGCGAUAUUCGCCCUGGCGACCGGCUCUUCUACUUCACUACGACUACUUGGAUGAUGUGGCAUUGGCUUGUCUCUGGUUUGGCUAGUGGUGCAACUAUAGUCCUUUAUGAUGGCUCGCCAUUUAGGCCGUUUGAUGUCGAGGGUGGUAAUGGAGAGAUGGCUAUGCCCCGUCUCAUCGACGAGCUUCAGAUCACCCAUUUCGGUACCUCAGCCAAAUACCUCUCCAUGCUGGAGCAGGCGGCUCUUAAUCCUCGAAAGCAUGCCCACCGACCCGUGGCUCUGAAAACAUUGAGGGCUAUAUUCAGCACGGGAUCACCCCUGGCUCCUUCAACCUUCGAGUAUAUCUACACUUCCAUCCAUCCAGAUAUCAUGUUGGGCUCUAUCACCGGCGGUACAGACAUUCUGUCUCUGUUCGCCUCUGGAUGCCCGAUCCUGCCCGUCUACAAAGGCGAAAUUCAAUGCCGAUCUCUCGGUAUGGCUGUAUCAGUCUUCGACUAUGCCGGAAAAGAUAUCAGUGCCUCUGGCGAACCUGGUGACCUGGUCUGCACCACGCCCUUCCCUGCCCAGCCAGUCAUGUUCUGGCCUCCUGGCCCUACUGGACUGGAGAAGUACCGAAAGAGCUACUUCGACGUGUUCGGCUCUUCCAUUUGGCACCACGGAGACUUCGUACGGCUGAACCCCCAAACCGGCGGUGUUGUCAUGCUUGGCCGGAGCGACGGAGUGCUCAAGCCAUCCGGUGUGCGCUUCGGCAGUGCCGAGAUUUACAAUGUCCUACUCAAACAUUUUGCCGAUGAUAUCGAAGAUUCUCUCUGCGUUGGCCGUAGACGAGAUGGUAUCGACUCCGAUGAGACGGUUGUCCUUUUCGUCAAACUCGCACCUGGAUCUCCCUCUGAUAUCAAGGCCCUUUCCGCCCGAAUCCAGGCCAUCAUUCGCAAGGAGCUGAGUGCUCGCCAUGUGCCUGGCGUUAUCGAUGCUUGCCCGGAGAUUCCUGUCACGUCAAACGGCAAGAAGGUUGAGAACGCUGUGAAGCAGAUUUUGUGCGGACUUAACAUCAAGAUUGGAGCUAGUGUGGCCAAUGCUUCUUGUCUUGAUUGGUACCGCAACUGGGCUUCAGAAAACCCCUAA